UCUGUUUUAGGGUCCUUCACUCCCUUCCUGGCUCCCAAUACUAAGGAUAUAGUGCUUGGGGCUGGAGGAGGAAUAAGACCAGCUGUAAAAGAUCAAAAGAAGCUCUCAGUUCACCCAUAGGGGGUGGGAGAUCAAAAAAGUAAAAAUUAUGGCAGUUAAAAAUCCAGUCCCUUUUUAUGUCCAUUGUAGAUGUCCCUGCUCUCAGCUCUCCAUUGAUCAUGCACCAUCAAGUUGAUGUUGACCCUUAAGCGACCAUGUUGAUCCAUUUUCCAGCUCUCCAUGGGCAACUAGCUUUUAUCUCAUUAGGUAACAAAAGGUCUGCAAGCUCAGAGAGCACCAACAUAUAGCUAGUUUUCUCCAAUGUUUCCCUGAGUUGUUCAGGCUGCUCCUUAAAAUCUCUCCUGUCCGUGUUUUAUGUUGUCUUUUCUAUAGCAAGACCAAACUGCCACUCGGGGCAAGGAAUAUUGCCUCUUCUCCAUAUUUGUUGAGUGCACUGUUACAAUAGCAUCAAGUACCUGAUUAGCAUACACGGAAUGCCUGGCUGAAAUGUGAAUGGUGGCUACUUUGUGGUUCAGUAUAUUGUGCAAACCUUAUAUAAUUAGUACCUGAUUUUUUUUGUGUCAUACUCCAGUAUGAAUAAAUAUAACCCUGGGCAGUAAAGCUUUAUUAUAUAAAUGCAUAAUUGACUAUAUAUUGACUAUGCAUAUUUAUUCUAAAAUAAAACUUCUGAAUCACUUUUAGAAUGAGUUAAUGUGACACAGAUGUAAGAUGGCUGUGGUAAACCCAAACAAAUCAAACUACAGUACUGCAGGUCAAUAGGUUGUGUAAAUCCAACAAUUGUGGUUUAUGACCCUUGUUGAUGGUUAGCAGAUCUUGUGAAAGCAGCCGCCUAAUCAAACCAGGACAGCUUAGGUGGUUUUCUGAACUCAGCUACUGGAUCGCUUUGAUAGACCCGACUCCAGCAACGAAGUCCAACUUCUCAUCAUCGGAAGGAUUUUCUCAAUGAUUGCAAUGAUUAUUUGACACCUGCCCCCAAGGCCUAUAGAAUCGGGAGGUCGGGGUUGGGUGGGAGCAAAGGGGUUGUCAGGUGUACUGCUGUCCACGAUCAAGAGGUGAGUCGCGCAAGAAAGGGCGCAAAGACGAGCACAGCUGUCCCCGGGAGUCACCCGUGCUCGGAGAAAAAGGGGCGAAACCGGCAGAAGGGAAGAAGCGCUAAAAACUGGCGCCGAUCCAAAGGUGCUUUCCCAUAAACCACAUGCUUCGGCGCAGCUCUUUAUAAGCACGACCUCCAGGCAGCCAGCAGUCGGGAGGCCGUCUUUCUUGAGGAUUGUUGUUUCGGAGUGGAAGUGCCAGCCCCUCUCGCCAGCCGCCUACCAACGGGAGCGGGACUAAUUGCAAGAAAAAGGCGCGCCCUCUGGCCCUCGCGAAAGCCGGACUUGAAGCCCCCACCGAGCCUUUGCAGUGCAGCCCCCGGGAUAGUAAGCGCGCGCGCGGCGAAGCCCAGGAAAACAUGGUUGCCUAUGUGCAAUUAGCUUUGUUUCUUCUUGUAACCUGCGGUAUCCAUGAAACUGAACAGAAUCAUUUUGGUUGCCACCGGCUCAUCAUGGCAUCCCACCUUAAGAACCUGACUGACCUGAUUGAUAGUCAGAUGGAAACUUCCUGCCUGCGAUCUUUUGAAUACGUGGAUGAAAGGGAACUGGGUAAUACUGAAUGCUUUCUCAAAGCAGCCUAUAAUCCCCUGAAAUAUAUCAUUGAUAACAUUAACUUCACGAGUAAUACUCCAAACUAUCUGAAACUCCAUCUGAUAAAGGACUUAUACCUGGACCUUGCAAGAUGCAUUAAGCCUCCCAAUGAUAAGAAUAAGAAGUGCAUCAAGACUUUCUCCCUGACUGCACAGCAGACUUUACAACUGGUGCACAAAUAUUUUAGCCAAGCCAAGCAGUUUCUGAGCAAGAAUACAUUCACAGAUGAUUGCAGUGGGGUCUUCCAGAAGUGUUCGGAAUCACAGGAAAAGGAGAUUGUUUCUCCAGGUGUUGUUACUGCCCUGGAUUGCAACUGUUCAUCUACAGGCCUGAUCAGUAUAGAAGGCUCGACAUAUCUCGUUCCAACUUCUGAGUCUUUCUCUUCCAUUGCAGACCAGCUGGACAGCAGGAAGACAGCUGUCAGCAUUCUCCAGCUACUAAGGCUUCCUGAUACUACUCAAAUUCUUAGUGGGUUUGAAAGCAAUACCAGAUAUAGGGUGUCUAGAAGCACUGAUAAAAGCCAAGAAAUCACUGAAAACAUGGAUUUCAGGGCUGGCAUUGAUGUCAUAUUACCAUCACCAUCAUCACCUUCUCUUUCUAUCCAGAAACAUUUGGAAUCCAUGGAGACCAGAUCUCCCUCCCUGGAUUCCAGAACUGGUGAAAGCCAGAAAAGAUCUGAUGAAAUAGCUUCUCAGCAUCUCCCUCUCUCUGACUUAGCCAAGUCAUUUCUCAAUCAGCAAUGGUUUGAGAUAAAAGAAAAAACUGAGGCCACUCCAGGACUCUCAUCUGAUCAGGAUAUCACUGUUGCCAGCAGUGCUUUCGGCUUAACUCUGACAUCAUCUUUCAAUUUGGAACAAAUAGACAGCUCUAGUGUGCCCCCCAGUGGCAGUCCCCAUGUCCUGGGCCACAAAGAUCCUGUCUCUGCAACACAAGAUCCUUCUAACUUUGUGGUCACCACAGAGAAUUCCUUACCCCCCAAACAAAUACUCCUGGGGAAAGCAAAGCAAAGUAGCAGAGAUAGUACCUCCAAAGCACUGCAAAACACCCAGCUGCGAAAGAGACGAGAAGAGGAUCUGGCCAAGGACAGGGAAUUGGAGGAUAGCCUGCUGGGACCCAGCUUUGAUCUGAACUUCAUUCCUCCGAACGCAGAGAAGCACACCAAGAAGUCAGAGCCCAGAAAUAUCCAAGGGACGUCUGUGACAUAUGUGGUGAUACCCAGUGUCUUGGGAAUCCUGCUAGCCCUGGGUGGCCUGCUGUUCUACUUGCAUAAGUCCAGGAUCCUAAGAAAGAGGCAGACACAGCAGAUGGGGAAUAAUGUAGAAAGAACAGAAGAACAAAGAUCAUUGAGUGGAGGGGAGGGACACUUGGAGUUGCAGAUUCAAAGGGAAGUAUGAGUUGCACCAUUCCCUCUGAAAUGAGAAACUGCCUGGGGUUUUGGACUGAAAGCCCCACUUUCAAAGUACAGUUCUGUUGCUAUUAUUGGGAGAAAUUGCACAAAGGAAACUCUGGAACUAAAGCCACAGCAGUACUUUUCCAUGAAGAUUGUUUUUAUACUUUUUUUUAAUGGGAAGGAAUUUAUCAGGAAAUGGACGCUAUUUAUUUCUGGUAGCCAAGAUUGGUAUUCAUUAUACAAGUUGCCUUUUUUCUACCAUUCAGCCAACAAACUGGAACUUGGUCUGCAAAAUCCCUUGUAUGAUGGAGAUGGUCUAAGAACUACUGUGCCUAUUCCAUUCUGAAGGGGAACAGAUGGUAUCGUUUUCAGAUCUAUUAAAUAUGGAUUCUGCAGUUUGAACAGCCAUGCUAAACAUGAAUGAAAAUUAUCUGCUUCUUUUAGAGCUUCUAGCCUCUUCUGGCUGAAGACUUCAGGACCUCAGCCUCAUGCCAGCUAUUAAUUUUUUAGGCACUUUGUUCAUCUCUUAAGCUUUGUAGGUUGUAAAGUACAGUUCUGUGCGUAACCCCAUCCAGUUAGCACUCUAUAUAAUCUAACACACUGUUCAGAGAAAGUUGCUAUCUACUUUUCCAGGAGCUUACGGUUUUAUUCCCAGAAUCCAUUUUUAAUUCUAUCAUACAAAAUGAGAGAUGUUUUUAGCCUUAAAUUUUAACUUACUAAUAAAAUAGAUUUUACUUAGUUUUUAGGACAAGCCAAAAAAUAAGUACCUUUCCAUACUACACAAGAUAAUGUGCUGGGUACCAGCUAGCAUGGUUUUAAAACAGAGCUGUGGUUUUUCCUUUAUAUAUUAAUCUGUUUUAAUCAGUGAUAAAUGGAGGCUCCCUAUUCAGAGGCAAGUGUGCUUCUGAAUGCCAAUUGCUGGAUAGGUAAUAAAGAAUAUGAAGGAGCAUUGGCUUGUGGGGUCUCCUAAGAGUCUUCCAGUUAGCAGCUAUUGAAUGAAGCAACUGGCCUUUUCUAAGUAGAAUUUAGCCAUGGAAAUUUAUCUUUUUGAGCCUUGUAUUUUAUCACUGGUACAAGUCACCAACUGAUGUACUCAUGGAACAGGACUCAAGUUGUAUUGAGAAUUAGCCUUGUUUCGUUUGCUUCCCUUGCCAUUAUAGGAAAUAUUACGGAGGCACUGUUAACUGGGACACUGGUAAGAGAUGCCCAGAAACCACUUUUCCCCUGAAAUGUUUUCAGGUGCAAGUGGAACUAAUGUAGCUGUGCUGAAUUGCUGUUUAGAUUUUCUGUCUUCUUGACCUCAUCAUCACCACCACAAAGAAAUUCUGCAGCAAAACAAACAUGCCGGCCUGUAAAAGUCCAAGAAUGGGCAUGCUCCCACAAGUCCUGUGCCUUUGGGGCAUCUGUCUUUGUUUUUUUCCAUCAGGUCAAGGUGUCCCUCAAAAUACUUUCCAACUUACUUUUUACUUUAGUAGAUCUGUGUUCCCAUAAUAUUUUGCCCAACAGAUGUAAAGUAAGAGUGUGCUUGCAUGGAAGGCAUGGAGUAAGAUUGGGGGUCUUUAACACCUUCUUUUGCUUGCUGAUUCUUUCCUGCAAGUAGGUUGCCUGGCUAUAUCCUUCAAUAUUAGAACUUGGCUGCAGAAACAAACUCAAAUUCUUCUUUGUAAAUGUAUCCUUAGUCUUUAAAGGAGGCAGCAUGGUUUCUUUUAUUGUUUGUACCUGCAAAGUCUAGACAUUUUCUUUAGUAGAGCAACAAAAUCAUGAGGUUAAGAGCUCUGUGUCUGUCUUGAAAUAAGUACCUCUGCCUCUUAAGCUUUAGACUCAGGAUCUUAUAGAUAAGGAUUUGUCCAGGAUGUAAACCCCCUCAUUCUUUUUUCCAUGUUGUAGUGGAGAGUUGAGCUAUAAACAAGCGAAUGGGAGCUGCAUAUUUACAGCCAUAUUUUGAAGUGAAGCAAAGCGAAAUGUUGCACUUUCUAUGCUUAAGAUGUUUUUUUUGUUUGUUUGUUUUUGAGAACAUUCCAGUUCUUCAUUCUGGCCUUGUGCUUCAUUUCAACCCAAGUGCUUUCCCUUUUUUUUCUCUCUCUCUAGCUGACAUUUUGCCCUUCCCUAUUUCAGCAAGGCAGGUGAUGGUUCUGAGCUGGUCUCUGGGAAUGCUGCUGCCAGUUGCUGCUUGAAAGUUAAUGAACCAGAUCAACAUUGAUAGACUUUGGGUUUUUUUUUAGAGGAGGAUAUGGAUGUAACAAAUCAGGCUCUGUGAGGAAUGAUUGCUAAACAAUGCAUUGUUAGUUGCUUUAUUGAUGUGAGCAGGCCUCAGUUUCAAUAGUGUCCAGUGUGCUGGUGAAUGAUAUUUUGCAAUAUAUGUGGGUGUAAAUUCUGAGCCAUGGGAGGGGAAAUGUUAUUCAGUUUGAGGUAUUGGCCUAGCUCAGGGGUAGGCAACCUUGGCUCUUUUAUGACUUGUGGACUUCAACUCCCAGAAUUCCUGAGCCAGCCAUUCUGGGAGUUGAAGUCCAUGAGUCAUAAAAGAGCUAAGGUUGCCUACCCCUGGCCUACCUAAUCAAAUAUAGGUCUAGCUAAUCCAAUAAUUUUUACCCUAUGCUAGGAUUUGUCUGAUUCAUGAAGCUGUUGGAAGAAGGGGGCUUGAUGAAAUAUCAUUUGAUUGCUGUAUUUUUUUUAAAAAAAAUCCAGACCAGUUUUAACUGCUUAAACUCAUAAAGAAUUACAUUGCAAACACUGGCAAGCUCCUUUUUAAAUUUUAAUUGCAAGUAGGACUUAACAGAAGUUUUGAGGUUUAAGCAUUAGCAGGGGCUUUGUAUAUAAGUCAUUGAGCCAUAGCUCAGGAAUAGCUCUGGCUUGAUUCCAAGAAAGAUCCAGCCCCCCCCCCCCUUUGGGCCAGGUUUAUCAUUGAGUUUGGAUGGAGCAGUUGAAUUGCUCCAUCUUAAGCACUUGCGUGCUGGCACAGUAUAUGUUUAGUAUUAAAGUCAGAUCCUAAGAACCACAUGUCCAUGUCUUUUUUAAAGUUGCUUUUUUAAGAGAGUUGCAAUUCUGGUUCAAACUGUGUUCUUUUUAAUAAAUAAAUAUAUAUAUAUGUAUAUUACAAACAAAUAUUUUAUAUAAUUUUUUAAUGUCAAAUGUUUAUUUAAAAUAGAAAAUGAUGUAUUUAAUAAACACUUUUAAAAGCUU